CCUCUCUAACUCGAACUCAUCAACUGAGUUGCAUUCAUCGAUUGAAGCGGAAUCAUAACACUGAGAGUUUAGUAAAGAUGAACACGCCCUCUGUGACCGCCAAACGCGCAAAGGUGGGACACAACCUGGGCUGUCCUUGUCCAACCAACCGCCAACAUAUGGUUCAAACUGGCCCUUUGGGUCUUGCUCCGCCAACUUUUCACUACCCUUUCUCAUUUUCUAAUAAAUAGACACCCAUCGUCCCCUCUAUUUUUCUUCUUCUCUUCACCACACUAUAGCUCGUCAGUUUGGACACUCUCUUUCUUCGACUGGGCAUCUGAGGACAUCUCCUACCUAUCUUUUUCCUUCCUUACCGCACCACUCUGUCCUUUGUCAUCCACAUUUUGCAACAUGUCCGACGAUAAAGAAACCAAAAAGUCACCUGCUCUUGUCCGCACCCAGACCAUGGAGCGAGCCCAAGGCAAUGCCGUGCCCAUCGAAUUUCGAACCCUUUCCAUCCACGUUACCGAGACCCAGCGCUCCAACAAGACCGGCGACUUCAAGGCCACCAAGGGCAAGGGUAAAGACAAGGGAAAGAGUGAUGAAGGCCUCAACGCCGAGACUGACUUCUUUGCGACCGUUGAUUUCCACAAGCUGACGCCCACCGAGAUCGCCCUUCGCUUCAACUCGGACGAGGCCCUAGGCCUCGAGCAGGCCGAGGCCGAGCGGCGCCUUCGCACCAACGGUCCCAAUACCCUCGAUACCCGCAAGCCCAGCUAUGUAAAGAAGGUUCUCGGUUAUCUCUUUGGAGGCUUCUGUUUGGUGCUUUGGGUUGGUGUCAUCACCUUCUUUGUCUGCUGGCAGCCUCCUCUGUCCAAUCCUCCCAACCCCACCAACUUAGCUCUUGCUAUUCUAGUUAUUUUCGUCAUUUUCCUUCAAGCCUCUUUCUCUGCUUUUCAAGACUUCUCCACUGCGCGUGUCAUGUCCUCGAUCAUGGAUAUGAUCCCUGCCGACUGCAUGGUCUUCCGCAAUGGCCAACUGAUCAAGAUCCCCGCUGCCGAGCUUGUCAUCGGCGACCGUGUUCAUCUCUCGCUUGGAAACAAGGUCCCAGCUGACAUGCGCCUUGUCCAGGCCUCGAACGACACUCGCUUUGACCGUGCAGUCUUGACCGGAGAGAGCGAGGCUAUCGAGGCCUCCACCAGUGCGACCGACGACAAUUUCCUAGAGUCCAAAAACAUUGCCUUUAUGGGUACUCACGUUGUCCAGGGCUCUUGUGUCGGUGUUGUUGUCUUGAAAGGCAACGAUACUCUGAUGGGUCGUAUCAACAAACUCACCUCUGGUCGCAAGGAGAAGACGACAAUCAUCCACCAGGAGAUCACCCGCUUUGUCCGCAUCAUCGUUUGCAUGACGGUUCUCCUUGCCAUCUUGAUUCUCGCUGUCUGGGCUUCCUGGAUUCACCGUUUGUAUCCCGAUUUCCUGCCCGUUCCCGUCCUCCUCGUCACUUUGAUGGGCUGCGUUGUCGCUUUCAUUCCUGAAGGCAUGCCCGUCUGUGUCUCCUUGACGCUGUUGAUGAUCGCCCGCAGGAUGCGCGCCAACAACAUCUUGCCCAAGGCCCUGACCACUGUCGAGACCCUCGGCUGUGUCAACGUCAUCUGCUCCGAUAAGACUGGGACUUUGACCGAGAACAAGAUGUUUGUAACCAACAUCGCCUUCCUUGACCACGAGUCCACCCCCGAAGAGGCUCAGGCCAGGCUCAAGAAGGAGGUCAAGCCAAAUAGCUUGGUACAACUCAGUGAUAGUGCCCAGACCUUGGCCCUCCGCCAGCUCCAGUUAGCCACUCUUCUCUGCAACAACGCCAAGUUUGAUCAGGAGGUCAUGAACCUGCCCGUCCCUGAGCGAACUGUAUACGGCGAUGCUACGGACAGUGCCCUCUUGCGGUUCUCAGCCCAAGUUGCGAACACGGAUGUCCUUGCUCCCUGCUUUGAGCGUACCCAUGAAAUCCCCUUCAACUCUCGCAAUAAGUGGAUGAUGGCUGUCUACCAGGGUUCUGCCCAACAGCCCCAGGUAAUCAAGACCCUCUUUGGUCCUGACAUUAUCAGCUCCGUCAAGACCGCCAACGAGAAGGAAUUCCAGCUCGUCUUUGUCAAGGGUGCUCCCGAUGUUCUCUUGCCCUACUGCACUUCGUUCUUGUCAGGCACCUCCAACUCGUCUGAGUCCCUCACUACCGCAUGGAUCGACGAGCUUUCUCGCAUUCAGCAAUCGUGGUCUCGUCGUGGUCAGCGCGUCUUGAUGCUCUGCAAGGGCCGCUUCAACCCUUACUUUGCUGGUUCUGCAAGGGAGACAUCCAACAACAGUGGUUUUCAGGAGGAGUUGAUACGCCAGGGCCUUCAAGAAUUGUGCAUCAUUGGCCUUGUCGGUAUCAUGGAUCCGCCUCGUCCUGAGAUCAAAGACACCAUUGCUGCCUGCCGUAGCGCCGGGGCGCGCUUCUUCAUGGUCACUGGUGACUUCGGUUUGACUGCUGCCGCCAUUGCAAAGCAGAUUGGACUGUUCAGUUCGAACCGCGAGCCUGAUACCUACGAGGACAUUGUCGAUCCCACCCGCAAGGGCAACAAGCUUGAUUCUAAGGGAUCCUUCGACGAUCUUGGUGAAUACGAGAUCGGCCGUCCCCGCUUUCGUGAGGGCAGUUCGUUGGUCCUGACCGGGUCUGACCUUUCAAGGAUGAGCCCCGGAGAGUGGGACUUGGUUUGCGCCUAUGAAGAGAUCGUCUUUGCCCGUACCUCACCCGAGCAGAAACUGAAGAUCGUGUCCGAGUUCCAGCAGCGCGAUGGUGUCGUUGCAGUGACCGGUGAUGGUGUCAACGAUGCUCCCGCUCUGAAGGCUGCCGAUGUCGGCAUUGCUGUUGUCUCUGGAUCAGACGUUGCCAUCGAGGCUGCAGACUUGAUCUUGCUCGGUGGUUUCGACUCGAUCCCUAUUGCUAUGCGUCUUGGUCGCAUUGUCUUCCAGAACUUGCAAAAGGUCAUUGGUUACUUGCUGCCCGCUGGUUCCUGGUCCGAGAUCUGGCCUGUGCUGAUCAAUACAUUCCUUGGGACGCCCCUGUCGCUGUCCUCGUUCUUGAUGAUCGUCAUCUGCUGCUUCACCGAUGGCUUCCCUUGCACUGCCCUCGUCAUGGAGCAGGAAGAGUUCGAUCUCUUGUCCCAGCCCCCUCGUAACGCGAAGAAGGAGCAUUUGAUCACCUCAAAGAUCUAUCUUCAGUCCUAUAUCUUCAUCGGCAGCGUCAUGACCUUCUUCAGCAACAUGUUGUUCUACACGUACUUGAAGGAGUACACUGGCCUUGCAUUCAAGGAUCUCGUUCUCACCUUUGGAGAAAUCGACUACUCGAAAUUGCACCCAGGCAUUACCCCAAGCGAAUUUAACAACUAUUAUGUCAACACCGGUCAGUGCGUUACCUUCAUUGCCCUGGUGAUCAUGCAAUGGGGCAAUGUCCUCUCAAUCCGAAACCGUCGCAUGUCGAUCCUCCAGGCUGAUCCCAUUCGCGAGAAGCGUCGCAACUUGUGGUUGUUCUUGGGCAUGUUCUGCUCGUUGGCUGUCGCCAUCCUUGUUACGGAGGUUCCCGCCAUCAACGAGGUCAUGUUGACCAACCCCGUGCCCAUCAAGUACUGGUUGCUCCCCAUCCCUUGCGCCUUCGCCGUCUUGUUAUUGGACGAGAUGCGCAAGGCGAUGCUCCGCGCCUUCCCCAGGAGCAUUUUUGGCAAGCUCGCCUGGUAAACCAAACACGGCGGCUUUAUUACUUCGCCCAUUUCUUUUUCUUUUUUCGUCUUAACACGCGUUUAUCCAUACGCACCAAAUACCCCUUCCCCCCUCGUAUAGCCCAUACACUAGUAGAACAUUUUUUUCCUUUUAUUCCCACGUUCAUAGUUCAUUGCAAACGCACCACAAUUGUAAUAACAUACAGAAAUGUCAAUGCAAUAUGAAGUCAUUAAAGUGCUUUGAAAUAUA